AGAGCGGCGGGCAGGAGUUAGCUGCCCGUUAGCUCACAGCCGCCGUAGUAAAGUGGUUAUCUGUCAGCUAGUUGCUAGUAGCUGCUGCCAAAAGUGAGCUGUCCCCACGGCGAGAGACAAACUUCGCCGACUUUGGGACGUUUUCUUCCCACACUGCUGGAUUAUAUAUUAUUUUUUGACAAGCCGAGGAGUUGUUUACAUCAUGAUGUCGCACAUGCUGGUGCCGAGGUAGGGAAAAGUAGCUAACAUCAGAUAACUUGGCUAACUGCUCAGAAGUACAUAUAUAGCUGAGAGAGGAGAGUGGUCUGAGACACCGGGCCCGCCUCAGACUAAAGUACCGGUGGCAGCUGCUCAGCAAGAACUUUGACAAGGGCCUGUUUACAACUCCGCUGCCGGGACACAAGGAAGGCCGACCGUGUGUGUAUGUGUGUGAGAGAGAGCGUGUGAGAGGGAGAGAGAGGCCGGGAGGAGGAGAAGAGCUUCGGCCCGUCUGCUGCGACCGGACACCGCGGAAACGUUGCGGGACUCCUGUCGGGGUCUGGCCUCGGUUGUGACACGUUGUUUUCCUCGGACAGGAGGGAGAAGAAAGAGGAACGGUAUGGAAAUGUACUGUGACGGUACAUGCCUGUGUCAAAUCCUUUAUCUGUGAACACUUAGCAAGAGCAGUAAGCGCAGCUCUUGGUUUCAUCUGGGAGCUGACAGAACUUGACGCAGUUAGUCAACAUGUCGAAAAUGCAGGGGAAGAAGAAAAGUUGUUUCCAGAUCACGAGUGUAACGCAGGCUCAGGUGGCGGCGAGCACCAUCCCUGACGACGCCGAGAGCUUGGACGAUCCGGACGAAUCCCGGACGGAGGACGUGUCGUCGGAAAUAUUUGACGGCUCUCGGGGCGAACUGGGGGUGUGUGACAGGAGUUCAUCCGAGGAAACCUUAAGCAAUGCCGGGGAGUCUCAGGAGGGCCAGCUGCCUAACACGGGGCCUGUCAACGGGGGGCUCUCUCAUAAUAUCAGUAUGGUCUCUGGGCGUGCUACCCCACAUAGUGUUGGAGGAAGUGUGGGCAUGCCAGCUACAGCUCAGCCCUUUGUUUCAGGCUCAGCCACUAGUGCGGUCCCUGGUUCCACUGUAUCUAGCACUGCUGCUCAGACAGCUCCCGUGAGCACCAACUUUACUUCCCGUUUCAGAGUCAUCAAACUUGACCAUGGUACUGGAGAGCCCUUCAGACGGGGCAGGUGGACAUGCACUGAGUACUAUGAGAGAGAUUCAGAUUCAACUAUUAAUCGGAGUGACAGUAUAAAGUCCACUGUGACUCAUGACCACAGUUUAGACCGGGACAGUGGAUUAGGGGCCACUGGUAAUUCUGUCUUCACUAGCAGUUCUCAGACUUUGGACACCACCACCACGGAGAGCGGCUACUCUGCCUCUGUUGGGAACCCCGCCCACCCACACCCUUCAGAGUCUUGGCAGCAAGGCUACAGCUUGGCUUCUCAGAUAGGAAGCGGAGCAAGUGCCUUCCAACCCACGGGGUACACAACUUCAUCAUCACAGCAACCACACCAGGCUCAGGUUAAUAUGUUGCCUGUAGCUGCUCAGACCUUCCCCUCUAACAGCUUCAAUGGUGUGCACCAAUCCACAAUGCAGCAGAAUACUUCCAUGCCUGCUGUCCCACAGGCCCAGCAGUUUCCUUACUCAACUCAUCAGCCCCACUUUGGCUCGAGCGCUCAGAACCUUCCCGUGACUUCCAUCGCUGUAGGACCCCUAACAAGACAAGUGUCCCCACCUGUAAUGACCCCUACUGGUCCUGGAUCAGUGGUGCCAGGUGGAGAAGCAGCUUCAGCCCAGGGCCUACCGCUGCAAGCUGGUGGCGCACCAUCUAUGGUAGCCCCCUGUCAGGCCGCUGGUCAGACUCAGCCUUCAGGAGGGUUAGGCAUUGCUCCUGCACCUUCCACCACCACUACCUCUCACAGCGGUGGCCAUAAUGUGCCUUCCACAGUGCCCAGUAUAACCAACACUUCUCCGGGUGUGCCAAGUCCCGGACACCCAGGAGGACAUAUCCAGCUCCAGGGAGCUCACGGAGGAGCCACAGUAGGCCUUCCCCCUGUCUUCAGUAACCAGCCAGAUGAUAGCGGACCGAAUACUGAUGCCCUACCUCAGCACACUGCCGGUGUGGUGCCAGAAAAAGAUGGUGUGAAGCCUCUCAGCGAGGGCCCCAACCCAUCCUCUCCUGCUGUCAACAACCUGUUUGGCAUCCAUAUUACCAUGGAUAUGGACGGGGACAGGAACCCGUCCACUGCUUUCUACCAGGCUUUCCGGCCUAGCCGAUUACGAGGGUCAAAGCCCAUCAACGAUAGACAAGAGCUGAAGCACAGUGCAUCGGGAGCCAGCGUCGUUGCCAUCGAUAACAAGAUUGAGCAGGCAAUGGAUCUGGUGAAGAGUCACCUGAUGUACGCCGUUCGUGAGGAGGUGGAGGUGCUGAAGGAGCAGAUCAAGGAGCUGUACGAGAGAAACUCUAUGCUGGAGCGCGAGAACGCUGUGCUGAAGUCACUGGCCAACUCGGAGCAGCUCAGCCAUCUGACCACUCAGCUCACCCAUGGCAGCAGAUCGCCGCCGCUGCAGCAGCAACACCCGCUCGUCACAAACAGCACCCCCUCUCUGGUUCACCACGAGGGAAGCCAGAGCGUCCCUCAUCAGCCCGACAUCACCUCAGCGUGAUUCCCUCUUUAUAAACUGUCAGAAACACACGUCCCACGGACAGGAGUCUGUUAGCAAAGACAACAACUAACUACUACCGUCCCCUUAACCCCAAACAGCAAAUGGACUCGGCUCUGUGUUCAAAGUGCUCCGCUUGAGGACAAAUCAACAAAGCAACAUCUGUGUUUGUCACUCAGAGCCGUGUUUCAGCGUGUGCUGAUGUCAUCAGGCCUUCACGUUAUUUAAGACAUUUACCAUCCUGUGCAAAGUCUUAUUCGGGCUUUGUGUUUGGCCGCAACAGAGCUGAAAAAGGAGAAGA